GGCUGAGAGAAGGUGGUUCAGAAAGGGGAUAAAUUCAGAGACAUCCAAUGCCAGUCGGUUCAGAGUGUCAUCUACCAGCUGUGUGUGAAACCUGGCGCACAAGGCUGGCCUGGAACAUGGAGCCAAACAACAGAACAACACAUACGGUAACAGAAUUCCUCAUCACAGGAUUUGAUGGAGUACAACACCCAAAGCUGGUGGGACUAGCCAUUUUGUUGGUCCUCUUUCUCAUUCUGAUCGGAAGCAUCACCAACAUUUGUGUCAUAGCAUUCAACAAGCCUCUGCAUACCCCCAUGUACUUUUUUAUUUGCUCGCUGGCAAUGGUAGACAUAGUCUACACCAGCGGCAUUAGUGUUACAAUGCUUAACGUUCUCCUUGGUGAGGAGAGAAGAAUCCCCUAUGCACCCUGCAUGAUACAGUGCUUCCUAUUUCAUUUUGGAAGUUCUAUGGAACCCUUCGCUAUUGCUCUGAUGGCUUAUGAUCGCCUUAUUGCAAUUUCAUAUCCUCUUCGAUAUCAGACUAUCUUAACUAAUACAAAUGUAUGUUUACUUAUAUUAGCCAAUUGGGCAGUAGGCUGCAUGCUUGCCAGUUUGUUGACUGGCUUGGUGAACAAUCUGCCCUUCUGUGGCUCAAAUAAACUCCCAUACAGCUUUUGUGAAUAUGCCAACUUAAUAAGAGCAUCAUGCGUGAAUCUUUCACAUUAUUUCAAUGCAAUUUCUGCUUUGGGGACUGCUGUAUUAUGGGUUACUUUAGCCUUGAUAAUCGUCUCAUACGUGAAGAUAGUUUAUGUAGUGAUACAAAUGUCUUCAUCCAAAGACAGGAGGAAAACAUUUAACACCUGUGUCUCCCACAUGAUAGUGGUGGCUUGCUUCUUUAUCCCCAAGGUGUUGAUAAUAUUGGUCACCAGGGUUGGUUUGGUUCUCACACUCUCUCACAGAAAUGGCCUAGUCAUUGGCUCUACUCUGGGCCCCUCUCUUGUGAACCCACUUGUAUAUUGUCUCAAAACCAAGGAGAUUCGAGGGCGCCUGAAAUAUAUUUUCAAGAGAUCUGACAUUUCUCCAAAUAUGUAAUGGUUAGGGUUACCAAAGCCAUUUCUUGUUUCUUGCUUGUUCCAAUAAAAAGUGGUUGAGUCUAAAUUGUUCCCAUGUUAUUUCUUCAUCAAUGUAACCAUGUUGAAUCAAUGAGUUUUGAUUGAAUUUGUUAAAACUCAUCAGUGGCUUGUAUCUCAAUUUAACUAGUCAGGUUUCAACUGUGAAUCAACAAGAGUGUCAAGGUUUGGUUGAUUUAGAUCACAGGUGUCAAACUCAUUCCAUUGAAGGCAAUGUGUCUGCAGGUGUUCACUCUUGUCUUUUACUGAUCACGGGAGGUCACUGGUUAGUUAGGAACUCCCCUCACUUAAUACUCUAGGUCUUAAUUGGUCACUGGUUAGUUAGGAACUCCCCUCACUUAAUACUCUAGGUCUUAAUUGGUCACUGGUUAGUUAGGAACUCCCCUCACCUGAUACUCUAGGUCUUAAUUGGUCACUGGUUAGUGAGGAACUCCCCUCACCUGAUACUCUAGGUCUUAAUUGGUCACUGGUUAGUUAGGAACUCCCCUCACCUGAUACUCUAGGUCUUAAUUGGUCACUGGUUAGUUAGGAACUCCCCUCACCUGAUACUCUAGGUCUUAAUUGGUCACUGGUCAGUUAGGAACUCCAAUCACCUGAUA